AUGUCUUCUUCAGAAGUAAACCUCGAAACUUAUCUAAUUCCACUGGAGGUGAUCAAUCUUGCAACCAAAAAUUUCAGUCCGGAAAGAUAUAUUGGAGGUGGUGGAUUUGGCAAGGUCUACAAAGGAGAACUUUCUGAAAGAUGGCAAAACCGCACAGCUGCUUUCAAACGCCUAGCUCAGAAUAGCUACCAAGGAGAGCACGAGUUUCGUAAUGAGAUUAGUAUGAUAUCCAGAUUCCACCAUGAAAACAUUGUCUCUUUUAUUGGUUACUGUGAUGAAGUCAACGAGAUGAUUGUAGUCUAUGAGUAUGCUAUCAAUGGAAGCCUAGAUCAUCAUCUUCAAGACCCCAAUAAGAGACGCGACAUAACAUGGACACAUCGCCUAAAGAUUUGCAUUGGGGCAGCAAGAGGACUUGAUUACCUUCACUCAGGUCUUGGGGAGCACAACAGAGUAAUACAUAGAGACGUGAAGAGUGCUAAUAUAUUGUUAGAUGAUAAUUUUGUUGCAAAAAUUUGUGAUUUUGGUUUGUCAAAAUUAGGUCCCAAAAAUCUGCCAAAUACCCACCUCGACACAAAGGUUGCGGGUACCCAGUUUUACUUGGAUCCCACUUACCAUGAAAGUCACAUCCUUCGAAAAGAAUCAGAUAUAUACUCAUUUGGUGUAGUACUAUUUGAAAUGCUUAGUGGGAUGCUGGUUUAUAGUGAAAGGAGCAUUGAAGACAAUGGGCCAAAGUUUCUAAUGAAUUUGGUUAGGCGAUACGAUGAUAACCAAAUACACAAGUUAAUUGAUCCCCAAAUGAGAGAUCAGAUUAGUAGUCGUUCUUUGGAUAUGUUUAAAGAAAUUGCAUAUCAGUGCAUUAGUUUCAAUUUAAAGGAACGCCCUGGGAUGCACACAGUCAUUGCCAGAAUUGAAGAAGCUUUGGCCAUUCAAGAUACGCAUGAGGAUUUGGAGUUGGAUUCUACUACUAGCACCGAAAGCAAUACGAAAAUGGAAUCAACAACAAUUGAGGGGGAGGCUAUUGCGAUGGGAUUACAGACCAUAAAGAAGGAUGAUUUGGAGGAGAUAAGCCAAUUAGAAUCCCGUAGUACAUAUAGAGUUGUUUAUCAUGGAAUGUGGAAGGGUACGGAUGUUGCAAUUAAGAGAAUUAAAGGAAGUUGCUUUGCUAGGAAGUCAUCAGAAACGGAACGUAUGAUUAAAGAUUUCUGGAAGGAGGCCUUGGUUUUAAGUUCUCUGCACCACCCAAAUGUUGUUACCUUCUAUGGUAUAGUUCGUGAUGAGCCAGAUGACUCUUUGACAACUAUAACAGAGUACAUGGUUGAUGGAUCUUUAAAGCAAUUUUUAAAGAAAAAAGACAGAACAAUAGAUCAACGUGAAAGACUUAUCAUAGCCAUGGAUACGGCUUCUGGAAUGGAUUAUUUGCAUGGAAAAAAUGUCAUCCAUUUCGACCUAAGGUGUGAGAAUCUUCUUGUAAAUAUGAGAGAUCCACAUAGACCAAUUUGCAAGAUUGGAGAUCUUCGCCUAUCCAAGAUAAAACGACACAAUUUAGUGAAUGGUGAUAAUCGUGGAACCGUGCAAUGGAUGGCACCUGAGCUUCUUAAUGAUGAGAGUCACUUGGUAACAGAAAAGGUUGACGUUUAUUCGUUUGGGGUUGUCAUGUGGGAAUUGCUUACCGGAGACGAACCUUACAACAAUAUGCAUCAUAAGUCUAUUAUUGAAGGAAUCAUCAAGAACACAUUACGACCAGCAAUACCAACUUGGUGUGAUGCUGAAUGGAAGUCAUUAAUGGAGAGUUGUUGGUCUUCUGAUCCGCAAGAGAGACUGCCAUUUUCAGAAAUUGCUCAAAAACUAAGAACCAUGGUUGUAGCAAUGAAUGUCAAAUGAUAUUCUAUUCAAUAAAUGAACCCUUCUUCACUUCUUUUAUGCGUGCCAAUGGGUCAUGUUAUUUUUUGAACGAGG